AGAGGGAGGCGGGGGGGGAAGGAAACCCUCAUGGAAGUAUGAAGGAGAUGGUGGGAGGCUGCUGUGUCUGUUCUGAUGAGCGGGGCUGGGCGGAGAACCCGCUGGUGUACUGCGACGGGCACGGCUGCAAUGUGGCGGUGCACCAAGCUUGCUAUGGAAUUGUCCAGGUUCCUACCGGACCCUGGUUCUGUCGGAAAUGUGAAUCUCAAGAGAGAGCCGCCAGGGUGAGAUGUGAACUGUGUCCCCACAAAGAUGGAGCCCUGAAACGGACCGACAACGGAGGGUGGGCCCACGUCGUCUGUGCUUUGUACAUCCCAGAGGUGCAGUUUGCCAACGUGCUCACCAUGGAGCCAAUUGUCCUGCAGUAUGUACCCCACGACCGCUUCAACAAGACCUGCUACAUCUGUGAAGAGCAGGGCAGGGAGAGCAAAGCAGCCUCUGGAGCGUGCAUGGCCUGUAACCGACACGGCUGCCGGCAAGCUUUCCAUGUCACCUGUGCCCAGAUGGCUGGCCUCUUAUGUGAAGAGGAAGUCCUAGAAGUUGACAAUGUCAAAUAUUGUGGCUACUGCAAGUACCACUUCAACAAAAUGAAGACCUCACGUCACUCUGGAGGUAGCUCCUUCAUUGCUGGAAGAAGGAGUCGAUCCACAUCCCCUGCUCAAGAGAAGCAUGUGUCCCACCACGAAAGGCCAAAGAAGAGUCGGAAGGACAAAGAAAGACCUAAACAGAAGCACAAAAAACGUCCGGAGUCUCCCACCAGCCUUACCCCAUCCUCGGUGCCCGUCGCUACAGAGAAGGGCUCCACCAGCCACCAUGAGGGGAGCAAAGAGACCUCGGAGGUCGGCAGGUCGGAGGUGAAAGGCAAGAAGUCCUCAAGCCAUGGCAGCAGCCACAAGGGAAAAAAGACGGGAAGUGGGAAAAGCUCAGUUGGCUUCAGCUCAGCUUCAUCCAGCGGGACCUUCCAGCCUGCAGGUACCUCCUGCAGCAACUUGCAGUGCUCCCAGGACUUUGUGACAUUUCCCAAGCUUGAGCAGGACGACGAGAAGUACCGGAAGCCGGUCUCUUCCUCUUCUUCUUCCCACUGCUCCCCUCUGUAUGAAGGCCAGAAGGGGGACAUCUUCGAGCAGAAGGUGAUCUUCUCAGGCUUUGGAUCCAUCAUGCGCUUCUCCACCUCUGCGGUGAGCCAGCAGAGAGGCCGUGAUGCUUCCCCUGUGGACUACAAAGCCUCAAACCCCGUCAGCGGCCCUUCGGUGGGGAGCAGCGGGACCAGUGGUAGCAGCAGCAGCCACAAGCGCAUGCCAUCCCUCAGUAUGGAGGAGGGAGAAGUGCUGAAGGAAAAGAAGCACAAGGGUAGCAAGAAGAACAAACAUGGGCCUGGCAGGCCGAAAGGGGGCAAAAGCAAAGAGAUUUUGGGUGCCCAGCUGGCUGGGUCCACGUCCACUUCCUCGUCACCCUUCUCCGGAGGCUCUCUUGUUAGCUCCAGCAUUGGCAACUCUUCCCGGUCCUUCAGCCACACGGGGAAUCUGCCCAGCCUCAGCAUGGAGUCCCCGCUGCUGGGUUCAGGGAUCUACACCAGUAACAAGGACCCUAUUUCCCACGGGGGCGGAGUGCUCCGAGCUGUGUGCAGUACACCCCUCUCUUCCAGCCUGCUGGCACACCAGGGUACGUCGUCUCUCCCACAGCUCAACCGGUCUCCCUUUGCUAGCACCAUCCCAGCUUCCUCCUCCUCGGUCUCCACCACGCAGGUGUUCUCGCUGGCAGGUUCAACAUUCAGCCUCCCUUCCUCACAUAUUUUUGGAAGCCCCCUCACAUCUGGGCUAUCAAUCAACCCACUCUUAAAUCAGUCGGAAAGCAGCCGGGCAGAGCCUGACCUGGAAGACUGCAGUUUUGGCUGCCGAGGGACGUCGCCCCAGGAGAGUCUCUCUUCCAUGUCCCCCAUCAGCAGCCUGCCGACCCUCUUCGACCAGACAGUGUCCUGUAGCAGCAGUGGGCAGCUGGAGAAUGUUCCCCAGGCUACCCCAAACAUCGAGCAGCUCCUGGAGAAGCAGGGCAAUGGGGAAGCCGGCGUAAACAUUGUAGAAAUGCUCAAAGCCCUGCACUCGCUGCAGAAGGAGAACCAGCGGCUCCAGGAGCAGAUCAUGACGCUGACGGCCAAGAAGGAGCGUUUGCAGCUCCUCAACGUCCAGCUCUCUGUCCCUUUCCCCGUGGUGACCAGCAGCAACGGUCCAGGCAGCCAGGCCCAGUACAUCCUGCCUCCUAAUGUCUGCAACAACGACUCCUUGAGCAUCAGCAAGAGCCCCCCAUGCAAGAACAGCUUUGGGAUUGAGAACUCACUCUCCACUUCGUCUGAGGACCCUCAUUCAGGUUGCCCCAGCAGGAGCAGCUCUUCCCUGUCCUUCCACAGCACUCCUCCGCCCCUGCCCAUGCUGCAGCAGAGUCCUGCCUCGCUACCCCUGCCCGGGGUGCAGCAGGUGAAUGGCCUGGCCAGGGUGGCAGGCAGCGGGCUGGGGGGAGGCACCACUGCCAGCCACAGCCUCUCCACGGUGCCCAUGGUGGACGGCCUGAUGGGGACCCUGGCAGGAGGCCAGCAGAUGCCCAUCAACGGGAUCCUGGGGAAUCUGAACGGAGCUCAGGCCGCCCAGCCUCCGAGCGCGCUGACGCAGGCGAGCGGGCCUCCGACCUUGCAGCUCUCCACCAGCCUGAGCAGCAUGCCCAGCCUGAGUCCCCUGACAGAGCAGCAGCGGCACGUCUUGCACCAACACGAACAGCAGCUCCAGCAGCUUCAGCAGCUCCUGACUUCCCAGCCGCUUAAUCCGGAGCAGCAGGCCCUGGUGUUCCAGAUGAUGCAGCAAAUCCAGCAGAAGAGGGAGCUGCAGCGGCUGCAGAUGACGAGCUCGUCCCAGCUGUCCAUGACCAGCCUCCUGGCAGCCACCUCCGCCCCCCUGCACUCCAGCACCAGCGCCCUGAUGACCUCGGCCCCUCAGCCGCCCCCCAGCAGCAGCUCCCUCCUGGCCUCCCUCUCCCCCCAGCAGCUCAACCCUAGCAAUGCCCUCCUGGCCCCCCAGGCCACCCCACCGCUCAGCACUCCUGGGAACAGCCUCCUGGCUUCGGGGACAGGCAUCCCACCCGUCCUUACAGCACAGACUAACCCGUUUCUCAACCUGCAGGCUGAUGGCAACACCGCGAAAGGAACGAGCAUGAAUGAAAAGGGAGCUCCUCUUACCCAGGACAAGGGCUAAGCUCCCCCCUCACCCCGAACAAACCAGCAGCCAACUCCUCUCAGCCAGGGGAAUGUGGCUUUCCAGUCAACUUUGAUACUGUUAGAGCAAUGAGCACAAGGCUUCCAAGAAGCAUUUCCUGCCGCUGGGCAAUGCCAAGAGGUGCUUUGGAAGACAGUACGUCUCUGACCAAGCCCUGGUAUCGGGAGGAGCGAAGGUGGGGGGCUGCCGGCCGCCCUGGUCCGUGCCACACAUGCUCAAAGUGAAGCUGUGUUUCCACGCAGAGUGGAGGAGGGAGUUAACACCAGAUGCCUGCCAGUCUCCUCCCUGCCGUGAGUGCGAGCGUGUGUUCACGUGUGUGUAGCCCCCAAGGCAAGGCACUAGAAACCAUCGAGCAUCCUCGGCCAAGACCUUGGCGGAGGGAGGCCCCUCUGCUGAGGACGCCUUUCUGCACGGUGCAGAGGAACCUGGCAGUGCCCGCGGAGGCAGCACUGGAUGUGACACAGCUGGGGAAGCGGGACCUGUUGGCAGUGCCUGCGUGGUCUGCUUCGCCCAGAUGGGGAGGUUAAGAAGAAGUUCUGUAGCUGUGAUUUCUCACCUGCUUUUCAUCUGCUGGGCUCUUAGGAUGCUCUUCUCUCUAUAGCCGUCAUAGGAAGCCCCGACACCUCAGCUGGAUCCAAACCCAGCCUGAAAAGACACGAGCGGUGGAGCGAUGGGUAAGGACUGGUGCUUGGGGAGGAGGUGAAAAGCCACCUACUUCUUUAGAGGACAUUGCCACAUCUGCUCUACCAGCUGCUGUCGGUUCGGUGCUGUACUUGUCACGUGAAAAGCACACUCCUGCUCCUUGUGCCGUCUCUCUCUUUCCUUCCAAGAUUUCCAAAGGCUAAAAUUUCACCUUGCAAAAGGGGCUGUAGCCAGUAUGACCCCCGUCGUAGCCAACUUCAGAAGGUGCAUUUGAACCUGGCAGAUGUUUCACAGGCCUAAGCUGGGAGAUAGAAAUGUGUGUGGGGAAGAGAGAGUCCCAAAUCCGGUACCUGUUCUUUCUUACCCACCGCAAAUCGCUCCAGUUUGGCAAAAACACGUUCUUCCACCAGUCUUGGGCACUUCAGAAAAGGGAUCUCCAAGCAAUGGGACAGUUACCAGUCUCCUGAGCUAGGACAUCAGACCCUUCGUUGUUCUCCACCUUUUGACCUUAACUCCGCCUCGCAGCCUGGAACCUCGGCAAAGAAACCGGCUUCCUCUGAGCGUGGAUGCGAUGGGUUGAUUGAAGGACAGGUGGGGCCGCUCUGGAGGAAGGGGAGCACCUACGUCAAACGUACAAAUGCCCCUUCUUUUCCACGUCCCCUGGUUAAAUCCAGAUCUCCUGGGGGCAGGCGGGAAGACUCCAGCUAAUAGAAACUCUGAGGGUCUUAAAAAAAAAAUUGUCAGACCUUCAGACCUUAAUGGAUAUUUUUCAGCACAUUCCCACUGCCCCUAACUAGUUUGCACUAUUCAAAUUUGUCAGCAGUGGGUCUGUGCUGAUAGUACUAGAAAAGUUUGUUAUAGGCAAAACUCAUCUGCUAAAUAUCUUUCUUCCUUUUUAUUUUAUUUUAUUUCUUAUUUCUUUUUUUUUGGGGGGGGGGGGUUGUUUGGAAGAUUGUCACCAUAAUGGUUGAAUAAGGCUAAAAGGAGAGAAAAUACCUUUCUGAUCUCAGCCUCCAGUUCUGUGAACUGGGCAGAACACUGCUGUCUGCUCAGAAAUAUAUAUAUAUUAUAUAUAUAUAAUUUUUUUUUUAUAAAGAAAAGCUAAUGUUUUAACAAGGUUAAGAAGCUAUUGGAAAGAUGGAGAUGGCAGCUAUAAGUGAAAAUGCAGGAAAAAAAAAGGUCUCCCUUCUCGCGGUCUCCGCAGCUCAGCCCUAGAGAGGAGCACUGACCCGCGGCUCUCGCUGGCGCGCUCCCAGUCCCCCGCAAGCCACUGGCUGAGCCGUGCCGCCCUCCAUCCCCUGGUGCUUGCAAAAUGUGAAUUAGAUCUUUUCAAUUGCAAAUGGUUUGACUCUUAGUUUUGGCUCCCUGGCCCCAAAAUUGCUCUGGCACGACUGUGUGCUCGCACUUUUUUAAAACUCCGGUUCCCCCCCCUCCCCCCCGCGAGCAGAGGUGCCUCCCAAACCCCCACGGCUCGGAGACCCUCUGCUCGGAGCCACUUCUGCGGCGGGGGCCUCGCCUUGCUGCUCCCGCCGUGCGCGAGGAGCCUUGGGCUUGGCAGCAACAGGCGGAACGGCUGUUCCAGGGCUACCGUGCUGAACUCGGCCCUGAGGCGCCCUGUGCGUGCGGGCGGUGGCUGCGUACGCGUGAAGGCUGUACCCGGCAGCCUUCGGCGAGCGACGGCUCCUUCGGGUUCCUUAGCGCUGGUUUGGGUCGGCAAGGCGAGGGGCAGAAGCGCCGGGGGUAAAACAGUGGCUGUUAAACGUGCAGAUGUGGCCUCUGCCGGCUGCUUGCCCAGCUGUGUUUGUCGGGGGCUUGGUUUUUAUUUUAUUUUUUACUUUUUUUUUUUUUUUACUCUUAAGGUCCCACAUUUGCGUUACCGCCUGUCUUGCUGUCAUGCUGACCAUCAGCACAGCCUUCAGACCUAUUCGUAACCACGAGGGUCCGCCAUUGCACCCAGAGUUGGGCAAAUUCUUCCAAAAUUUAACCACGUUUCACACCCUGGAAUUAGAAACGAGCCAGGACCAGGAAGAGAGGCGAUGGGAAGGAGGGAAGGCUGGCUAGCAUCUCCCCCUGGGGUAGCGAGCCGUGGUACAACACGCGUGGCCUCCCGGGACAACCAAAAGCCUUGUUCUGGUCAGUGGUUCGGCGUCCAAAUCCCUGGGCAGGGACAGGAAACUUGCAGGAGGUGGGCGAGAGGCACUUAGAGGUGAGCUUGCAGUCAGGAGGCCGAACCGCGCUGUCCGGGGCUCCGCACUGCUACUGGGACCAUACCUGGGAGCCCACGCGUCAGAAGGGGUCGGAAAUAAAGGACUGAAUUCAAGGAAUGGGUUUUGGAGGCAGGGUGGCUGUUAAAAGCAGGCAGGGCUGAGCUCCGCGGUGCCCCCAGCUCUCUGCUGGCCGUGCCGUUGAGGUGUGGCGGUGGCGGGACGAGCACGAAGCCUCCCCGCUCUCUGGGGCUGGGGGGGACACGAGGCUGGAGAGGCCGAGCCGGGGAAGAGACAUAUAGCACUUAGAGGUUUCUCUGACAUCUUCCAAAGGCACCCGGUCCCUUUGAGGUGUCCUCCUUGUCUGAUCGCCUCAACCUGUCGCAGAGCCCAAGGUCCCUUUGGCAGGUUGAGGGGAGAAGAAGGGGGCACUGCUGGAAGGUCGACAUUAAACAUUUGUAUCUCUGUGAAAAAGAGGGAGAGCAGGGGAAAGACAGAAAAAUAAAAGCUAAAGAUUAUCUGUGUUUCAGUUGCACUGGGGUACGUUUCUUUACCCGUUUUGAUGCUAAUGUCUCAUUUAGUAUGUUGCAUGUGUCUUUUUUUUUUUGUUUUGAUUUGUUUUUUUAUUAAAUAAAAGAGAAAAAUGUG